GGCAACAUCAGGGCUCGCAUUGAAACGACUGGGGGUGAUGCUUGAACGGGCUGCCGGGUAUCUUGAGAACGCAGGUCGGCGUUUCUUCCGGGACCCCAAUGGCCUCGCUCGAAGACGAGGAUCCCCGUCUCCCUUUACUUUCAGUUACCAUGGUGCAGACCUCGACUCCCACCAUUGGCUUCUUGUCCUCCUAGAGACGUCAGAUCAGCGAAGAUCGCAUGCCUUGAGCCCUACUUCAAGCGCCAGGAGAGCCGCUAAAGACCCGCAUACUCCAUUCCUUGAUUUUCUAUACCCUCCGCCGACCCAGCAGUUUGUAGCAUCAUGCGUGCUACGUCAGUCGAGGAGGCUUGUUGCAAGACGACGGAAGAGGUCUAUUCCGAGCCUGAAGAGGUCUUACACAUCCGACACGACUAGCGCGUGUCAGGUAUUUAGGGGAAAUGAGUUUGAGCCGAACCUGCUCGCGGGUUCACAUACAGAGGAAAGUCGAGAACAUGCCAGGAUCGACCUCGUUACACUGCUUGGCGAAGGGGAGGAGGGAGAAUACAAUAGAGCCUGGGAUCUCUUUGCAGCGGCGGGCCAUCCGCCUGAUAUGAAUUCAGCGCUUCUUGCAUACUUAUGCACUUCCCGUGACCCAGUUAAUUGGAGGCGAGUCAAUCGUUUAUUCGACGGAAUCUCUGAGGAAAACCGCCGUGCAGAAGACUACUUCCAUUUAGCGAAAUCUCGAUUAUUUGCUGGCUCUCUGCUCGAAGCAAAAUCGAUAUGCCUAGAUGCUCUAGCAAAGGGCAUUGGGGUUCCAUGUUGGACUUGGAUGUUUGCACAUUUUAUGGAUAACGAGCAGUAUGAUUUAGCUAUAAAUAUGUGGACCGUGAGACCUCAAGAUGCGAAGGCCAAUACGUUGCUUUCUUGUGUGGAUACCUCGUCUCUGGUGAGACAGGCUGCAGCUCUAGCGGCAUACUUACAAGACCAUCGUGAUCUUUUUUUUGGGAUUGAAUUGGCGCGCUUUCUGCUCGACCACAUAAUUGCCUCUCCCGAAGUCAUUGACACUACUCCCACGGAGGCAAUCCUUAAUAUAUUGCGGAAAUAUAAUGCCCUGGGUCUUGUCAGAGCAAAUGACUACUAUACACUUAUCGAGACUUUCGGAUCGUCCAACGUUCGGUCAUCUUUCGUCAGGUCUAUCCUUGUCUACCGCAAUUUCCGCUGGCAAAUGGCAGACGAAAUUCCUCCGGCGAAGAUUUUAACUCUUCUAUUAACGCGUCUUGCCUCAUUUGAAAUCACAAGCGGCAUCCGAUAUCUCUUAGACGAGUUCUCUCAUUUCUAUACUAAGCCAUCGAUAGAAGCUUACAAAUAUGCUCUUAUUGCCUUUUCAAGAGCCGGAGAGGUGGAAAAUAUCAAAAGCAUAUUUGAAAAGUUCGUGGCAGAUCACGGGAAACCGUUGAGUCGGAGGCUUGUCAAUCCUCUUCUAUAUGUUCACGCGAGGCUAGGUGACGUGGAAGGUACCCGGCAACAAUUCAGGAGGAUCAAUGAUGAAUUCGGUCUUGAGCCGAACACGGCCUCUUGGAAUAUCUUGCUUACGGCGCACACAAGGGCAGACGAUUUUUCCGGGGCUUUCUCAACGUUCAAGCAAAUGUUGGAGACGGGCGUGCAGCCUGAUACGCAUACCUUUGGUACAAUGAUGGGGCUCUGCGCUAAUAGGGGUGAUAUCGAAAGCGUUCGUUCUCUGCUAGUUGUAGCAAGCCAGCGACGGAUUACCAUCACAACGCCUCUACUUGACACCAUUGUGGAGGCCUAUUGCAACAAUAGAAGACUAGAUUUGGCCGAAAGCAUGGCCGAGGCAUGUCUCAGCUUGAACGUCAAGGGGUCUCUGGUGAGGAUGUGGAAUGUCCUUCUUUGGAAUUACGCGUUCAGAUUGGACUUGGAAUCCAUUUCUAGAAUCCGAUCACGCAUGGAUGCUGCCGGAGUACAACCCGACGGCAUGACCUACGCUGCUCUUAUGCUCGCGCUGGCGCUCGUUGGACAACCUGAUUCGGCACGUCGUAUUCUUAGAACGCUUCACAGGAGUCGCCGCGUUCAUGCGACAGACUUUCAUUAUGCCAUAGUCUUGUAUGGCUACGUGAAAACCCGAAAUCGAGAUAUGGUUCACAUUAUCUAUCGGGAAAUCAAGGAGCGUUUUAAUCGACCCGGGUUAGGCGCAAGACUACUGGUUCUUAGGAGCCAAAUCCGACGGGACUUGGACCACUUCAGGGAUACUCGAAGUGACAUCAACUCUGUCAACGCACGUCUCCAAAACGCCGAACGGCUUCUUGCCGAAGCCAUUGCUGAUUUUGAACCCUCGAUGCUGGCAUCAAAAGAACCUACACCUGGCAUCGGUAGACAGUCGCUUAGCCGAGCUUUCCCCGAUAUCUACUACGAGUAUCUUAUUAAAGCGUAUGGCGCCGUGGGCGCAUCGGCGAAGGUCGAGGAACUAUUCGACCAAUAUAUAAACGGCAAGCAGCCACGGUAUCCAGUUGAUAAUCCCUAUGAACUUGCACCGCUUCGCCUACUUUCUGCUUUGAUGCUUGCUCACCUGAGGUCUGAGCAGUACGACAAGGUCGAAGAAUUUUGGAAAAUAGCAUUUCCACGUGCUAUUAAGAUGGCCAGCCGUCCAGACCUCAAGGAAUGGCUAUCUUCGGCUCCAGUCGGUCAGCCGGCAUCUCAUCCAUCUUUGGCCGUUUCUGGGAAGAAGAAUAGCGAACUCCCAUUAAGCUCCGACAUGCCUAAUCCGGAAGAAAAGGUGUCUAUUUUACCAUCAUACCGAUUUAUGCUGUCUUGGCCCCUCUCCAUGUAUCUGCGGGCGUUGGCCUACCAGGACAAACCUUGGAGACUAUCCCAAGUGAUGAAGGAAGUUGAGCAUGCGGGAUUUUCCCUAACAACUUUCAACUGGUCCACGUACGUGCAAAUGCUUGCCCAGUCAGACAGGCCAUCGGAUCAGUUGGAAGCAUUCACUGUCUACGAGGAGAAAUUCAUGCCCAACUUUCCUGGAUGGAAUAACCUUCGCCGAGGAGUUGGAGUGAGACCUCCCAGUGCUCCAGAUACCGUUGAUCUCAUAGAAAAUCCUAGGCGCCGGAAACGCGGUUACCUGGGUAAAGUUGGUCGCAGGUAUUGGAGCAAAAUUCAACCUGAUUUUAUGCAACCGACUUAUAUCUCCAUGGUCUAUCUUGCAUCUGCUUUGCUCUCAUUCCGGGAGAGGAGUAUUAUUGAUGGCGGCGCAGAAGUGAGGGCUCUCUACGAAGCCGCUCCCAAUACAGUCCAGGCGGUUGCUGGGAUUCCCUACCUCCGAGAUAAAUUCCAGGGUGUCAUUCUUCGUCAUCGUCAGCAGCGGGGUGUGGACCCUAAAAGUACGAAGCCAUACGAGCCUUUCGUAUGGACAGGUGGUAUCCUUGGUGUUGGUGGGGAGUCACGGCCUCGUGACACACGCCGUCCGAAGCAGCAGCCCGAUGAGCAGUGGCUAGAGCCGGGCGAGUCAUUGCGGGAUAUCAGACCUGAGCAACAGGCUUCUGAAGAUCAGAUAGGGACAGAGACCACCGCUGAAGCCCAGGUGGAGCUACCGGAGAGCACGCUUGAUCACCAAGAUGAAUACGACAUCGAAGCCGAAACAAUCUUGGAACGAAGACGACGGGCCAAUGCGACGGAAGACUAUGAAUUAGACAAUGAGGAGCAUGCAAGAGAAGAGGCUAGGAAGGCUCAAAUAGAAAGAGUCGAGGAAGAAGAGGACGAAAUGAAUGAAGCGGAAGCGGAAAUGGAAGGGAAAGAACAAGAGGAGAAUCAAGAAGAGGAUGAAGAGGGAGAAAACGAAGAUGAAGAAGAGAAAGACGAAGACGAAGAAGAGGGGGAGAAAGAGGAAGAGGAAGAAGAAGACGAUGAUGAAAGUGAAGGCUUUGGAAAAGGUCCCAGAAGACGUCGCAGACGCAGGCGCUGAAUAAAGGGAAACAACCAGCUCGACGAAUCUGAUGAUUAUGUGCAUUUGCACCGAGUUGGGAUUCGAAUAUAGUUUGUAGAUGUAUCAUAUUCAUGGCCACAAAAGAAUCUUGUGUAUAUGUUGCUACAUAAACUUUUUUGUUCUAUUUCAUCAUGUUGUCAGCUCAGCGCUUAGAGCCUCGCCAGCUAUU